CGUCGUUCGCGGCGUCCUGCAUAAACUUUUGACUCUACUCUUCACCUCGUUGACUCGACACGACGCACUGCGAUUUUUGAUUUUGGCAAGAACGUCAAUACACAACACCAUGCCUGCCGCUGUUGCGCGGCCGAAGGCGCCACGCCUCGGCUCGAUCAACCCUUCGAAGGCAGCGGGCACCGGAUACAUCUACCAGUCUGCAGAAACAAAACGGAAGGCACAACCCGCGCCAGUACGAGCCUCGAAACCCGAACGCCCGAAAUGCUGCGACGAUCCGAAUGUCAGCGAUGCCGACGAGGGAGGAUCGAUCUGCUACAACUGCGGCCAGGUCAUUGAAGAGAGCCACAUCGUCGCCGAGAUUACCUUUGGUGAAACAGCCGGCGGAGCGGCCAUAGUCGAAGGUGGCUUCAUCGGAGAGAAUCAGCGACACGCCAACUCUAUGGGUGGAACGAUGCGGGGUCUUGGAGGUAUGGGGAGUAGAGAGCAAGCCGAGAUGAACGGAAGGAGCGAGAUCCAGAAGCUUGCACAUGCACUGAAGAUCCGGCAAGCAGUUGAGGAUCAGGCUAUCGGAUGGUACAAGCUCGCUUCCAACCAUAACUUCGUCCAAGGCCGGCGCAUCCGCAAUGUUGCAGCUGUUGCUCUGUACAUGGCAGCUCGGAGACAACCGGAGAACACGCUGAUGCUGAUGGAUCUGGCCGAGAAAGUGCAAGUCAACGUCUGGCAGCUGGGAGACACAUACAAGCAGUUUCUGAAGAAACUACGAGAAGAAGACCCUGCGCAACUUAUAGGUAACAAGGCAGUGCAAGAGAUCGAGCCACUCAUGCUGAAGUACUGCCGCAAGCUCGAAUUCGACGAAGCAUCGCACAAAGUCGCAGAUGACGCUUGCAAAUUACUCAAGCGCAUGAGUCGGGAUUGGAUGGUACAAGGUCGACAGCCUGCAGGACUGUGUGGCGCCUGCAUCAUUCUUGCUGCCCGCAUGAACAACUUCCGUCGCUCUGUACGAGAGGUUGUAUACGUGGUCAAAGUCGCCGACUCCACAGUAAAUCAGCGACUGUACGAAUAUAAGAGAACACCCAGCUCAGCUUUGACAGUAAGCCAGUUUCGCGAAGUCGGCCAUAGAAUGAAGGUCCAAACUCUGCCUCCAUCUAUCUGGAGGCGAGCGGAGCGAGAAGAGAACAAGGCAAAGAGGAAAGAGAGACAGGCCUCCCAGGCUGAGGGGAUCAGUGCGGAGGAGCUGGAGACAAUGGAAACCGAAGCUGGCCCGAGCACCGCGCCAACGAGGGCCAGUAAGAGAAGCAAGGCAAGCAAUGCAGUAUCUGAAAACGCCACAGCUCAGUUGCAGACUCCAGAUCCGACACAGCAGACACCCCAAGGGUCAUUGGACGUUGACGCACUGAACGAGGGCAAUGAAGAUGGCAUCGUAGAUGCGAUCGGAAGUGCUUUUGGUGAAGGAAACGGCGACGAUCCUUUGGAUGAAAAUUUCGUCAUUCCCAAGAAGCGUGGCCGCCCGCCCAAGAAACGCGAACCAGUCCAUGUUUCCGAAGAGGAUCUUGACAUCGAGCAAGAGAUUGAAGCAGAAAUCAACGAAGAAGUUCAAAACUGGGAAAAGGUUUUCACAGAAUUCACCGACAACGACAAUCACGAAGUUCUCAGACGCACUGGCCUCACCGCAAAAGAACUUGCCGAUACCCUCACACCAAAUCGUAACGUCAGCACUUUACCCGACAUAGGCGAGGACGAGUUUGAAGACGACCCAGAUGUUGCCAAUUGCAUCCUUAACCCCAUCGAAGUCCGUCUAAAGGAGCGCGUCUGGCUUACACAAAACGAGGACUGGCUGCGCGAACAACAAGCUAAGCUAUUGGCAGCAGAGCUGGAGGCUGCUCUGGACAAACCAAAGAAACCGAAGCAGAAACGCAAACACCACCAGAUGGGGGAUGGCAGCGUGCUUGAAGGUCAGCCUGCUGCCAGUGCGGCUGACGCUGCGCACAAGAUGUUGAAAAAGCGCGCCAAGGGGUUCAGUAACCAUAUCAACUACGAUAGGCUCAAGGAGCUGUUUCCCGGUGGAAACACAGAUGCUGCAAGCACGCCAUCGGGUAGUGGGCUGGGUGCGAGUCCUAUACCAAGCCAGACUACCACUCCACUUGCGCACGCGCCCGUUAAUAAGCCUGCGGAAGAAGAGGAAGAGGAACAAGAAGAACAAGAAGAGUAUGUGGUGGAGGCACCGGAAGAAGAAGAGUUUGAUGAUCCAGCGCAGUACAGAGACGAUGAGGAUGAAGGAUUUGGCGACGACAACUACGACGAUUACUGAACAUUGAAGAGCUCAAGAUGUGGUCUGGGUGACGGUAAUAAGCACUUGAACAUUGUACAGUCCUGGUGUCAGAGCCUAGGACGGCGUUUGUAUUGGGGAUUGCAUCGGUUUAGAUACCCCGCUUCGAAGCGUAAGCGUAGCAUAUUCAAUGGAGUUUGUGUAUCUUCUCUUUAAUACGACGCCCAAUGCAAAGUUCCCAGACGGGAUUAACAUAGGGCUAGGAGACGAC